UCCAUUUAUUGUCAUGAUAUGCUGCCAUCUAGUCUAUCACAAGCUGUCACAGUUACAUACAGUAUGAAAAUGAACCAUGAAGACAGAGUAGGAGAAUCAUGUUUACCCGCCCUCACUUUGUUAUCGCUUUAAAGAAAUCAUAAACCCAAACACAGAUUAAGUAACAAAGCGAGCUUAUCUGAUUUAGUUUAGCCACAAAUUUUGCUGGCACAAUGCUAACUGCUGCGCUGUCUAUGGAAAACAGUCUGGUGUAGCGCAGUUCUGUCUGUGUAAGACAAGAGCAGUAUCCACACGUCUGUCGGGACGAUAAGCAAACUGAUAUCUGUCAAAAACAUGUCAAACAUUACCGAGACCGAACUGAAAAAUACUGAGUAACUCUGCUAGUGCAAUCUAGCAUGAAGUCCCAUAUUUACAUUUUGGCAAUAUCUAUUGUCAAACUGUGUCGCCUCCAUUCAAAAAUGUGUUUUGCUUCUUGUUUCUUCAGUUGGAUGUUGUUUUCUUCUCUGUGCAGAAUGAUGUAAGUGCAGUUUGUUUUCACAUUCGUCUGCUGGAGGAUAGUUUCUGAGCUCAUCUUAAUUCUGAGUUAAAGGGGCGGGCCUAUGAGCAGGAGUUGUGACCUCACGAAACGUUAUGAAGCUAUUUUUUGCCCAGUAUACCACAUCCACAAGUGUGAUGUGGAAACUUGAAGCCUCAAGUGCACAUAUACUGAGAAUGGACCUUAUAGUGAAGUGGGAGACAUCGUAAAUCCAGCAGUUACAUUUUUAAAUGAGCAAUAUUUGCAUAUAUUUAUAGAUUCUGGAUUUUUCAAUGAAGGAGGAGAAGUCGUUUUAAUGAAGUAAUUGGCCCUUUUGGUGGAAAACCACAGCUUACAGUAUUUUUAUAUAUCUAAUAACAUGUCUGAUGAGGAUCUUUAGUAUGUAAACAGUGCUGUCAGUUGGCUAAUACACACUGUGAGCCUGCAAGAGACUUGAUACUUAUAUUGGGUGGACACUGGACAGCGUUGGACUUUUAAUACAUAGUCUUCCUAUUUUUGGAAUGUGCAGGAGGACAUUUACAUGAACACACUUCCUACACUGUUUACCCAGUAUGGAUGUAAACAUCCAAAUAAAAGGUUACUACAUGGGAAUGUGUAUUGCUGCUCCAGAAAAACACCUAGGAUACAUUCACCAGGUGAGUGACAGCUGGAGAGCCUUUCUCCUCCUCUCUCUCAGCCUCCAGUUGGCCAGCUGGACACUCAUCAUCUACUGGUCCCGCUAUCACUGGCACAACCAUCCAGUCAGCCGGGUCCUGCAGGCUCAUGUACAGCCUCCUCACUCCAGCUGGGGCUCUGUGGCAAGCAACAUCAACACUGAGUUCAGACGCAUUGAUAAAUUUGCUACAGGGGCGCCUGGAGCCAGAGUUAUCAUUACUGACAGCUGGGUGUUAAAGGUGACCACCUAUCAUGUCUACAUGGCUUUACAGAGUGACUGUCAUGUGACAGUGACAGGGUCCAGACAGCACCACCUGAAUCCAGACUCAGCCUCCCCGAUCCAGUUCCUGACCCUGAGAGUGGAGAGCAUCAACCCUGCUGUCAGACCCUUUGAUAUCAGGCUGAACUCUACAGAAUAUGCAGAGCUAAGGGAAAAGCUCCAUGCUCCCAUCAGAAACGCUGCCAAUAUAGUGAUCCACCAAACUAUAAGUGAACUAUUCCUGGAAACAUUCAGAGCUCAGGUGGACCUCAAUCAGCCAUAUACACUCCCUGAUGGACAGGAGGUGGAGCCCUGUAUCGGCUGUAUGCAGGUUCCAGCGGGCACCAAGCUGGUCAGACUCUGCCAUGCAGAAGGAGCUGAUAAUGAGUCAGAGUGCCAGCAGUGUUUCUGCAGACCCAUGUGGUGUCUGUCCUGUCUGGGUCGAUGGUUCGCCAGUCGCCAAGACCAGCAAAGACCUGAGACCUGGCUGUCCAGCAGAGUCCCUUGCCCCACCUGUAGAGCCAAAUUCUGUAUAUUGGACAUCUGUGUGGUCCACUGACAACACACUUACAGAUCAAACUGACCUUUUCCUCAAAAUAAUGUGGAGGUGUGUUUUCAACAUUCAGCAACAGACCUCUGGAAGAUGAGGAGUGGGCAGGACUUUGGACUGAACUUAGUAAUGCACCUGCUUAUUCUGUGCUCUCAGUAAGGAUACUUAAAGAUCAUCUCCAGAAAUGUUUUAAGAUGUAUAUAAAAUAUUCUACUUUGAAUAAUAAUGUGUGUCCACAAAAAAAGUUGAACUG